AUGAAGGGUGUGAAGAGAAACAAACACCUGGUUAAUAAUAUUAAUGGUUGGUUGGUUUCAUGUGAAAAAUUCAAAGAUGAAACCGUAACCGACAGGAACCAUGGCAGAGAUUUAGGACAAGUGUUAAUGGUGUCAAACACUUCCAACCUAAAAGUUGGCGUAUAUCAGCAUAUAGUUUGUUUCAACUUUAACAUUAUAAAAAAUAUUAACAAGAGUGGGUUGGGUUUGUAUUGUGAAGUAAGAUAUCACCUUAUUUCUGAAAAUAUCCUAGAAAAAAGAAAUUGUAGUGCUCUAGCAACCACACAUUAA